CAGCACUGCAUCACCAGCUCAUGUAUAUGGCCACAUUUACACAGAUCACAGACCUUUGCCCGUUUUGAUGCUCACCCGCCGCUAUACCUUCACCGGGACAUGGAGGGCGACAUGUGUGAGCCGACUGAAGCCAUCUAAGUUGAGUUGUUGUCGUCAAGUGGCCACGGCCCAACGGCGGCCCAGAACAGCAUCAGGUCGCAAUGUGAUAGGGGAAGGCUUCGAGAAGACAGGAUGGGCGGUAUACUGUCGUUAGUAUUCAUCUGACAGGUCAUCCCUCCCACAUGGCACAAAACGCGGGUCCCUCUAAACAGUGGCCGGAACGACAACUUUAGACCAACUUACUUGCUGUUUGUAUGCAUCUGUCUCUUUUCUGGGUAUUGUUGGGUGGGUCUGUGCGUCUGCCGCUCACAAAGCGCCUCAAAAAUCGAUUCCUCCACGUCGACCACAGGUUCGCGCACGCAGCGGAUUUAGGCAGCGGCAGCGUUUGGUUGUCGCCCUCUCCGUUCGGCCCCUUCAUCGGCGUCCUCGCACUCGGUCUGCACCUUGCCCACAGCAGUUGAAAAAUCCUAAAAAGGGUGUUUUGUUUUUCGCUUGUGCGACGGAGCGCGCGAAUUGGAGACAAGAAGCGUCGCAGUAACGGCAACAAGAGUGCGGGAAUCCGCCGUUUGACCCGUUUUAGACACUCAAAGUGGCAUAGGAACGUGGCAGUCCGCAACUUUCACGACCCAGACACGACACGAUGGUUAUGCGUCACGACAGCAGCAAGCAGCAGGCUCCAGCUCCCAUAGCGACGCGCGCUUUCUCCUUCAAAGACGCCGUGGUGCGUUCCCCGCCCAAGUCGCUACCUCUGCCAUCAAAAGACCAACCUGUACAGCCGUCGCCCAAGGCGAGAAACGACAAAAAGCCACAACAGGCGUCCGGAUCCCGUCAAAUCCGAUCGCGAAGUAUCACGAAAAUCGUCGAGAGUUCGAGCUUUAAGAAACGCUGCGAGGCGCUCAAGUCGCAUCCUGGACGUAAACAUCACGACUCAAAGGGGGAAAGUGCCACUACACCGCUCAGUUCCCCCAGAGCGAAGCAAGAGACGAAGAAACUCACGCCAUUGGAGGAAUUAUGUGAACGUGAAAAACUGCUCCACAACUCGAGUGACAGUUUUAAAGCACGCAAACGUAUCAAUCGAUCGACGAGCUGCUCCUCUUCUUCUCCGUUGCGUAAAGCGACCUCGUCGUCGGACAAAGACGAUGGGUCGAGCCAGGACCGAGUGCUGCUACGUCGAGCCUCGUUGCCAUUAGGAUCUCCGUCUGAUUCUGAUACACAGAGCUCCUCUUGUGACAGUAGCCCAGUUAAAGCCAAGAAAACGGACAAGAAAGAAUCAAUAUCGGCUCCAUUAAGCGGCCAAGACUCGGACGUAAGUGAGUUGUCGCACGAGCUGGCAGUUAACUGCUCUACAACGAGGAGAAACCACUCUCGGAAGGUGUUUGAGAGCGACGACGACUUCUUGGACUGCGACGACACUAACAGCGAGUCCACAGCCGAGUCUUCGUGUCCGAGUCCUCGUCACAGCCCACUGGCCCAUCGGAGUGACGUGAACGAGAUGGAAGUGUGCCAGAAACCGGAUGAAUUAUCCAGUAUUUUGCCAAACUGUGAAGAAGAGGACGAAGAAGAGGACGAAGAAGCCUACAUGCUUCUGGACAGGAUCAACAAUUUAUCAGCGGAGUUUGUGGCCAAUCGCGAGUACGAAGAAUCCAACGCCUUGUCGUGGUCGGUACAGCACGCAGCUCAGCAAGGCGUGAUUUCCACGCAAUUGCAGCAGAAUUUAUUCUCGAAUAUCUGCGAAGGGUAUCUGGACGAAGCUCGGGAUGUGUUGUACCAUAAAUGCCACUUGAUUCCUGCAGUCGGGAGUGUUGUGGAGAGCCCGAUGCAGCCGAUUAUGGACCCAGGAGCCUUGCAGUCUUUUGUGGACUAUGUGGACUGCAUCUCGCCAACUGACGCCGCGGAAGCGCGUAUGCAUAAGCUGCAAGUGUUGAAACAACUGUCGGAUUUACUGACCAAGUGGGUAAAGAUGGUGGGACGUGAGCGGGAGUUGAGUGAAGAGCAUAUCGCAUUGACGAAGGGCUCUCUCUUCCUCGCUGGAUCCUAUCGGCUAGGGUUGGAUGACCCCAACUCGGACAUCGAUGCUGUGUGUGUGGCGCCAUGGCAUGUGACUCACGACGAUUUCUUCGGCUCGUUCUGUCGACUACUGGAGCAGACACCGGGAGUUUCUCAGCUUGCGCCUGUGCCCAGUGCCUACGUGCCGCUCAUUUCGCUAUCGUUCCUGGGAGUUCGCAUGGAUUUGCUCUUCGCGCGGUUGCCAGUGUCCAGUGUGGAGCCCAACCAGAACAUUGACUCCGAUCACAUGCUGGUUGGGGUACAUGAGACUUCGAUGAAGGCUCUAAAUGCUCCUCGGGUCAGCUCUAUGCUGCUGUGCUUGGUACCGAGGCGUCGGGAGUAUCGGAUAGUGUUGCGAGCUGUACGUGCAUGGGCGCGCCGUCGCGGUAUUUACUCGGCCAAACUGGGUUAUUUGGGUGGUAUUAGCUGGGCGAUCCUGGUGGCGUUUGUGUGCCAACUGUACCCGAACGCAGAGCCUGCGAAGAUCUUUGUGCGGUUCUUCCAAGUGCUUUCCGAGUGGCAGUGGCCACAGCCUGUGAUGCUCAACAUGAUCUACGACGCUGGACUAGGAUUCGACAUGUGGGAUCCCCGUCAGAGCGUCUUCGAUCGAUCGCACAUCAUGCCGAUCAUCACCCCGGCAUAUCCGCACAUGAACUCUUCAGUCCAAGUCUCCCAGCCAACGUUCUCUGUGAUAUACGAGGAAUUAUGGCGCGCACGAUACUUGGCUGAGAUCGCUGUGGGUAUUUCCAAGCCUUUUCCUACGGCUGCUCCGUCACCAGAGAGCUCCGAGUCGGAUCUAAAGGCUGCAGUGGUGUGUAUGGCUACGUCAAUGCCCUCGUUCGACCAGCCGUUGAACGCAGUUCAGUCGACAGCGGGCGAGACGGCGGUAGGUGAAGCAGGUGCUUGGGACAAGCUCUUCCAGCCGUCGAACUUCUUCAUCCGAUACAGUUCGUACAUGGUGUUUAACUUCCAGGCUGACACGGAGAGCGCUAUGCACAAGUGGGGCAAAUUUGUGCAGUCACGAUUACGGAAGUUGGUGGACAAUUUGCAUCACGUAUCGCCUGUCUCAAGGGUUCAUGCAUUCCCCUGUUAUUUCCCGCAUACUAGUGACUCUGAGCGCGAUGGACCGGGUUCAUGUAUGUUCAUUGGAAUUGAGUUCCACUGCCGUCGACAUCAAACUAUUCAGCCCAAGGAUGACCCGGAGGUGAAAAAGACGUUGGAGCAGACCAUUCGGUUUUUCUUAGCGACAGAUUUGCAGCAGAUGGAGGACAAACAGCCAGAUAUGACUGCUGACGCCAAGGUUUUGAGCUGGGAAGAGCUGCCCGACUUCGUUUUCCAGUCAGGACGUAGCAGUGCCGACCUGGAGCGUGCAAAGUACACGGACGAUCUGGAAAAGAUGGGCUUUUCACAAGGCAACACGCCGUCGUUCCGCCCACCUUACUAUGUGAACAGUUACAACCGCAACGGCAAAUGGCGCAGUGGUGGGCCGCGCAAGUACGCGGGAGGCCAAAGGAAGCGCCGUGAUUUCCGGAAUGCACCACGAUCAUAUCCAGGCACUCAGGCUGGAUGAAUGAAUAUUAUAUGAGCUGGUUCUGCAGGAUUGGAGAGCGAGCUUAUUACGUCGAGAUGAGUCGCCACCGACGUAUGUAUGCAUCUUGCGAGUAUGCAACGACAAGUGUUUAGUUGUUGGCUUGUAGCUCGGAAGAUGGUGGCGAGUGUUGCGACGGCGAAGAAGUCUGAACGUGACGGCAAGGGACGCACAAGGGACAAGGCCACGUGAACUUGUACGGUGGUCGGCUUUUGCAGUGCUUUAGCACUGCAGCGAAGAGCAUAUUGCAGCACAGACCGUCAUCAUUGUAAAUUAUGACUAGAUGUGGCGUCACCUAAGCGAUGCACAGGAAAACGUGAGAAAAUUUGACAGAAAAAACAAAAGAUAAUGCAAACAUCAGAAAAAUUAUAAAAACUGCUCGAGUACCAGGGAUUGAACGCCUCA